AAAAUUGGGAGCUGGUGAAAAAUACUGUUCCUUACAGAAAUAUAUUGUGUGUUUUACAUCAAGCUGUACGUUUCUCUAUGCAAUAGUAAAGGAAAGCAUUAGAAUUAGGUUGACUGGUAUAAUAAUUGCAAAUUAAACUAUUUUUUUUACUCUCUUUAGGCACAUCACUUUGCCUUCAGAAAUCUUUGCAUCAAAUUUCAGACAGAUUUUUUUUUUUUAAAGCGGUGGAACAUGUAAGCCCUUCAAACCAGGAUUUCAAGGGGAAAAUAUAACCAAUCUGUAAUUACAGCUGCAUCACAACACUAGUGGAAUUCCACUAACUAGCAUUGCAUUAAAGCCUCGCUUGCUCCUCCUACAUGCACUAAAUAUAAAUGUGCAUGAGCAGCAAAAGCAAUUUGCCUAAUCUCUGAAUCAGCUAAACAGCAUUUGCACUAAAAUUUUGUCUGUAUACUAACUUAUCUGGUUAAACUGGGGGUCAAACCUGAUAAAUAAGCAGAAUUAUAAUUACGUUUUCUCUUUAACUUUAGAUUUUGUGCUAUUUUGUUGCUUGCCUGAGAAGUUAAUAAUUCCACUCACACUGUUCAUGUCAAUUUGUUUCUUUUGGAAAGGAUGGAGUUGGGGUUUUUUAAACACAAUUUCAGUUAAACGUUUCAGUAAGGUCCUACUUUUCUCAAAUUACUAAUGAAUUUACAUCUCUGCAAAUCCUGGAACACUAAGUUCAUUUUUCUAAAGUGCAUUGCAUCACAUGGGAUUGUUGAGUUUUGGCAAACAUUUUACUGGGUAUAAUGGCAUUGCAAUUAGCUGAAUGCUGCUCAUAAGGCUAAUUGCUUAUUAAGGUCUUUUGUUUUCCUGUCACUGAGGGCAGAAACAACACUGAGUUUCUUUCUGUAAUGUACCUGCAGUUCCUGUAUGUUAAGCAUGCAUUGCACCAAAGUGCCAGUCCAAAUGCCCCUGUGUUUAAUCCACAGUUUAUAUGCAAAAUUGGUGGAAUAUUUUCUCCAGAACUAGAACAGUCCAAAACUCAGACAUCAUGCUAGCUCUGAUUUUUUUAAAUUUCCAACUUGUCAUUUGCAGAAUCAAAAGUGUUGAAAGAGAUUCCAGUCUUAGCGAGCAUGUAGCAAAGCUGGUCUGUUCAACAUCUUCCUGUCAGUUCUCCUGUGCCAGUAUACUUGCUUGCUUUCCCUGGUCUUGGUUGGGAACACUGCCCAAAGGAAAUGUGAGGAAUCUGUCCAACAACUUCUCUCUUUCAAAACCCACAUCCCAUUUUUCAAUUUUUUUUUCUUCUAUAAUGGCUGUUAGGACUCAUAAUAGUAAGGGAUCGGGAAGAAAUCCAUUCUUCAUUCUGUGGAAAAAGAACAAGGAGGGUGCAGUAGGUGAAGAAGGUCUGAACAGCUUUAGCAGAGGGAUCCCACUUUGGGUGCAGUUUACUUUCCAUAAAUAUGAGUGGAAGACUCAACACUACAGACUGAUUGUAAUUGUGGCAAGGCUUUUCCUGCCAGUAGUGUGCAAGCUGGUUAUUCUAUUAAAAAAAAUCCACGUAGUUUACAAAUGUCUUAUUUUUAAGUUUAAUCAAAUUCUGUAUAAAAUAUAACCCAUGUUGAUAAUGCAGAUUAUAAGCACAUGUAGGAGCAUCUGCUUCUGGUUUUGUCUAGUUGGAGAUUAUCCCUUAAUCAUGCAAGGUCCAGGUGUGCACUUUCAGAUUUGUUGACUCAGGGAAGCUGGAGAUAACAUUAAAGGCCAGUCCCAUUAUACUGUAGUUACGUUUAGGUUGUUGCUCCUCUGAAGAAGAACUCUUGCUUGAACCCCUCAGUGAAAAGAAUGGCAAGAAGAAAUGUCCUCAUUACAGGCUGCUCCUCAGGGAUUGGACUGGCAUUAGCUGUAAAAAUGGCAAAAGAUGAACAGAAGAGAUUUAAAGUUUAUGCCACAAUGCGGAAUCUGGCCAAGAAAGAGCCACUGGAGGAAGCGGCGGGUCCCAGGCUGGGCAAAACCCUGGAAAUUAAACAACUCGACGUCUGUGAUGAGCAGUCUAUUAAAGCUUGUGUGAACAGUAUCCCUGACAGAAGGAUUGAUGUCCUAGUGAGCAAUGCUGGAAUGGGGCUCAUUGGACCUAUCGAAUGUCAGACCAUUGAUGAAAUGAAAACUGUGAUGGACACCAACUUCUUCGGGCUGGUUCGACUCCUGAAGGAGAUUUUGCCUGACAUGAAGAGGAGAAAGAGUGGACAUAUAGUUAUAAUAAGCAGUGUUAUGGGAAUACAAGGUAUUUUAUUUAAUGAUGUUUAUGCUGCAUCCAAGUUUGCUGUGGAAGGUUUCUGUGAAAGUUUAGCUAUUCAAGCACUCAAGUUCAAACUGCAAUUAAGUUUGAUUGAACCAGGCCCAGUGGUUACAGAGUUUGAAAGAAAAGUGUUUGAAGAUGGAAUGAAAAUGGAUCUUUCAGCUGCAGAUGCAGAAACAGCUGAGAUGUUUACUAAUAUUUACCUUAAAAAUUACAAGCAGAUUUUCCAGAGCCUGGGACAAAGUGCGGAAGAUGUUGCUGAGCAUACAGUGAAGGUAAUCCUUGCAGACAAUCCACCUUUUCGCCAUCAGACCAACACCUUGUAUACUCCAAUGACAACUCUGAAGUAUGCAGAUCCAAAUGGAGAUCUACCCAUUGAUAUAUUCUACAAAAUGGUUUUUCAGCAUGACAAAAUCUUCAGUGCAAGUCUUAACUUCAUCAAAUUGCUACGAUGGAGAAGCAGGAAGAGCUUUGACCUGGGAAAACCCUCACAAUAAGUAUGAGAUUAUAUAGUGCAAAUUGGGAUUACUUGUGGCUACUGAUGACUCAGUAUGUUGUCAUUCAAAUGGCUUUGCUCUGUAAUUGUGAAAAGGCAUUCAAGAUGUUUAUUUGACCUUAGCCAAGAUAUUCAGCUGAAUGUGUAUAUCUUCAAAGUUACAGUUUGCAGAACUUUGCAAUUAAAAUCCUCAUAACUAUAGUUUUAUUCAUUUUAGUGUUUGCUUUUUACACAGACCUGUUUUUGUGGGAAUGUGGACAUUGACUGACAUUUGUGUAUUCAAUAUUAGCCUAAUCCCUUCACUUAAUGGAAUAUAAUACAGCGAGAUGUGUACAGUAGGUAAACUAUUUAGAUUCUUAAUAUCAUAAAAAUAUCGUAUCUUUUCACUUAUUAUAAUAGGAUAGAAUCAGUAAUCCUUCAAUCACAGCUGCAUUGUUGUUUUCAGAAGUCAGAUCUAUUUAUCAGCAACAUAAGAGAAAGUCUCAUCAAUCUUAAAAUGUCACAAGUGGAAUAUUUAUUAUUCAAGUAUAUUUAUUAUAAUAUUCUGAAUGCUUCCUUUAUGGGCAAUGGUUACUAGUGUAUUACACUUAGUGAACAAUAAAAAGUUUUUUAAAAGCAACUUAAAAUAUUUUCUUACUGUCUUGGUACUAUUCUUUUGAGAAACAAAGUAUUAUCAGUAAUAAGUGAUUUCAAUUCCUUAAAUGCCUUCAGUGUCUGAAGAAGAGCCACAGGCUCUCUUCUUCUAAGCUAUCCUAGUAAGCAGGUGUUAAACCAAAAUUCUGUCACGAAGUGAAGGGCUUUUCCUUGUCAGAUUUC